AAGCAAAAAUUUCAGUUGAAUAGAUACUGUGGUCGUGGUUGCAUCGAUCUCGGAUAAGAAAAAAAAAAUAAAUUUUAUAAAUAAAAUAUAUAAAUUUUAUAUAAAGUAACUAAAUAAAACAAAUUGUAUUUAAUUUAAAAAUCCCAAAAAGAACAAUGUCUAUGUAAUAAUAAAUAAAUAAAUAUUAUUUGUAAAACAAAAAGUAUAUAACAGCAAUAAAAUCUUAGAUAAAAACAACAACAUUUCAAUAUUAUAAAUAAAUUCAACAAAACCAUAUGUUAACAAAAUUACAAAACAAAAACCAUUCCUGGCGGUUUUAAAUAAUUUACAAUUAACGCUAAAAAAACUGUUGCAAAAACUUAAAAUACAAAUAAAAUACGUUAAAAAUUUUACAGAACACAAAUAAUAAAAGAAAGAAAAAAAAAAAACAUUUUCAUGUGCCUGGUUUUGGCAAAUUGUUGUUGACGUUAAAUAAAACAAACUACCGCCAACACUUUAACGAAAUUUUUCUUAUUUAUUUUCCUGUGCAUUUUUUGUGUUUAAUGUUUUUCUUCUAUUCGGGUUCAAAUUUGUGUUUUUUAUACAUUUUGCAGUGACAGUGACAUUCAAACUUAAAAGAACAGACCGUUAGUUUAUUUUUUUUUUUUUGAAAUUUGUUUUUGUUAUUAACAUUUAUAAAAACUCGAAAAAUAUCGGUUUUUGUUGUAACAUUUUUUAAAGUGUUUUUCUUUACGCUAAAUUGCAUUAAAUUGUAAUAUUGUAAAUAAUUUAUUUUUGUUAGUGUAAAUAAUAAUUAAGUGUAUAUUAAAAAGUUAUGUCUAAUACGGAAAAAUCAGGUGUUAGCAGAUUAAGAAAUUGCUUAUCAUGUCGCCAGAUCUUAAACAUAUUAACCAUGUUCGGCUUUAUGCUGAACUAUGCCCUGCGUGUAAAUCUCACUAUUGCCAUAGUCGAAAUGGUUAGACCUGAAAAUCUUACAAAUUCCGAUAGUACCGUUAGCACAGCAAUAACAUUAUUAGAAAAUACCACCUCAUCUUCAGCAUCGGCAGCAGCAUUGACAGCAGCCAACAAUUUAAGUACAAUAGCAACAGAUGAUAAAUAUGAUGAAAAAUUUCCCUGGGAUUCAUAUCAACAGAACUUUGUGCUCGGUUGCUUUUUCUGGGGUUAUAUACUGACAGAGUUACCGGGUGGUCGUCUGGCUGAAUUGAUUGGUGGUCGUCGUGUAUUUGGUCAUUCCAUGUUAUGGGCUAGUUUAUUGACUUUGAUAACCCCUUUGGCUGCCCAUUUGAAUUAUGUGGUUUUGAUAAUAGUACGUGUAGUCUUGGGUUUCAUGUUGGGUGCUUCUUGGCCUGCCAUUCAUCCUUUGGCCGCUGUUUGGAUUCCACCCAUGGAAAGAUCAAGAUUUAUGUCUAAUAUGAUGGCUUCCUCUUUGGGUGCAGCUAUAACUAUGCCUGUGUGUGGUUAUCUUAUUUCGGUUGCCGGCUGGGCUAGUGUUUUCUAUUUGACUGGUGCCAUUGGUCUUUUAUGGUCAAUCUGUUGGUUCACAUUUGUCUACGAAACCCCAGCUACCCAUCCACGCAUCUCGGCGGAGGAAAGACGUGAAAUUGAGGAGGCUAUUGGUACAUCGACCUCUAAGAAACGUCCCAGCUAUGUGCCAUGGGUAGAUCUAUUGUGUUCACCCGCUGUCUGGGCUAUUAUCAUAACUCAUGGUUUAUCAGUAUUCGGUUUCUUUACCGUCAUUAAUCAAUUGCCCACAUUUAUGAAACAAAUUUUGCAUUUUGAUAUUAAAAAGAAUGGUUUAUUUUCGUCCCUGCCUUAUCUGGGUAAAUAUGUUAUGGCUUUGAGUUCAUCAGUAUUUGCUGAUUAUUUGCGCAAGAAGGGUACUUUGAGUACAACGGCAACAAGAAAGAUAUUCACUGCUUUUGCUCUUACAACUCCCGGACUUUUGAUGGUGGCCCAAGUAUUUUUAGGCAGUGAAGCAGGCUGGUCUGUAGCAAUAUUCACUUUGGCGCUAUUCGCUCACGGUGCUGUUACGCCCGGUUAUUUGGGUAAUGGUUUGGAUAUUGCACCCAAUUUCAGUGGCACCAUAUUUGGUUUAGCUAAUACUCUAUCCUCAUUCGGAGGUUUUCUAUCCACCUGGAUGGUGGGAGCUUUAACAUAUGAAGAUAAAUCCUAUCACCAAUGGCAAAUAGUAUUUUGGAUUUUGGCAGCUACUUACAUUUCUGGUGCUUUAGUGUACCUCGUCUUAGGUACUGGUGAUUUACAGCCCUGGAAUAAUCCACCAGAACGUACAAAAGUUUCGGAUGUACAUGCAGAAGAAGGUGUACCUUUAAAGAAUGAAAAGAUUACAAAUUAAUUUUAAGUAAAAAGUCUAAUUAUUUUCUUGUUUUUUAAUGUAUUAUACUAAACAUUAGUUUUUUCGUUUCUUAAUUUAAAAACUAUUUUCACAACAAGGUGCUCUAUCCUAAACAAAAAAACCUAUAAUACUAAAUUAGCAACAAUUUUUAAAAAAAUGUAAAAAAUACUUAAAAAAAUCUUCUUACUUAAAAAAAAA